UUUUUCCCAUCAAAAUUGCUGUGCUGCUGCUGCGAGACGUGUCGGCAACCAUGGUGGUCUCCUGCCAGCUCAAGCCUGCGCCGGCUCCGGCCGCCGCCAGCAGAGGCGGCGGCGCGCCUCACCUCCAGCAGCUGCGCCGGGCGUGCGUCGCGGCGGCGGCGGCGUGCGCGGUGCUCGGGACGGCGGGCGGCCCCGGCGAAGGCGCCGUGAUGGCGCGUGCGCCGGAGGCGACGGCGGCGGCGGCGGCGGGGCCGGCGCGGUGGAGCGACCGCCGGCAGUGCCCGCCGUGGCGCGCCAACUCGCUGGAGAACAUCGUGCCGGAGAACCUGCCGCGGCCGUCGGCUCGCCGGAGGUUCAACAGCAUCACGGCGGCGGCGGCGGCGGAGAGCGCGCCGCCCCCCGCGUCGGCGUCGCCCGACGCCGUGCUCCCGUUCUUGGCGCCGCGCUCCGGCAUGGGCUGCUUCUCCCUCUAAACGCGACAUACGAAUGGUACGUGACACGAUCGAGCAUGGCAUUUGUAAAGGGGAAGAUUAAUUAGAUACCCCCAAAUUAGUUUAGCAAAAUUAGCAUAGCCUUGUACUAUACGACUACUACGGCCUUGUCAUUUGUCGAGGAAGAUGGUAGUAUUGGACUAUUGGUUAUUUAUAGGUUCUAGAAGAAAUAAAUGUUCUUCCCACUUAUUAGUAGCCGGGAAAUGAAAAAUAGAUAUGGUUCUAUUUGUGAUAUGUUCCAUGUAUCUUAAUUCUUUGCUUGCAAAUAAGCAAAUCCUGCAGCUGAUCAAUAUAACUCGCUUAUUUGGCCUA